AUGGCCACACCAGCACUGCCUACCCAUCCGGGUCCUGAGCAUCUCGUGACUGUCAAGGUGCUUUUUGAUGACAGCAAUCGUCGUUUCAAGCUCCCUCUGAAGGACUUGCGAGCGCAAGUUCUGCCCCAGAAGCUUCGUACGCUCCUCGGUGUUCCGGCGGAUGUUAACGUCAUCCUCGAACGCUAUUCCGACAGCGCCGGCUCCUACAUGCGACUUGACCCCGACAACGUCGCAGUCUACAAGCAACUCUACCGAGCUGCUAAGGCAAAAUCCAAGCUUCGCAUCAAGGCCAGCACCGUUGAAUCGUCGGCCUCAAAUGAGGCUCAGCCAGAGGUCAGCGAGACUUCACCUCCUCGACACAAUUAUCUCCAAACCGUGUUGAGCUCCCCCAUUCCAGUCACCCUCCCCGAAACAAACCCACCUCCCAGCGAAGCUCAAAGCCACACCGUCUCUUCCUCCCUCGCCAACCCUCCCCCUCAACCUCACCUCCGUGAUUUCAGUAUGGACCAAGACAGACUUCGCUUCCCCUGCAUCUCUCACCACGCCCCUGGUGGGAUGUUCUGCAUCGACUGCAACAAUUGUGGUCGUCCGAUCCCCAACGAACAUUAUCACUGCAGCAUUUGCGAGAACGGUGACUAUGAUCUCUGCCUCCAGUGUGUUGAAGCCGGUGCAUCCUGCCGCGGGGAGGGACACUGGUUGAUCAAGAGAACUGUGGUGAACGGCCGCGUUGUCUGCAGCAACACGGAGACCAUUGCACCUCGUCCCCUCAAGGAUCAACAGGUCAAGCCUGUUGUUCCUGUUGCACUUCCCGCGACCAAGCUUGUUCCGGAGAUGGCCGGUCCGCCUAUUCCUCUUGCUGGCGCUUCUGUCCGCGACACUGCAGCUCCUGCCCCCACUCCUAACAAGGGACCUCGCUCCAGUGUGACUGCUCAGGGUGAGGAGCAGCCGAUUUGCAACGGAUGUUGCCGUGAAGCCGAGGAGGCCAACCUGGUCCGCUGCAAUGACUGCGAGGACUAUGACCUGUGCCUUCGUUGCCUUUUGAGAAACAAGCAUGGUCACCAUCCCGGUCACACAUUCUCACCGGGUACUGACCGUAACUACUGCCUGAAGAACCUGAUCAUGUCCCGCUGUCUUCCUGGUCGUCAGUUCAAGCACGCCGCCGUCUGCGAUGGUUGUGACAAGCGAAUUGUGGGUACCCGCCACAAAUGCCUGAGUUGCCCCGACUGGGAUUAUUGCAAUAGUUGCGCCGCCCGGGCUCAGGAAAAUCACCCUGGCCACCGAUUCGCUCCUAUCUACGAGGCCAUUGGUGAUCAGCCCCGUGAAACGGAGAUUCACUACGGCAUCUUUUGCGAUGGACCUCUCUGCAAGGAUAAGCCCGCCCAAAGCUACAUUCACGGUAUUCGAUACAAGUGCGCCGUUUGCGAUGACGUUGACUUCUGUGCGAACUGCGAGGCAUUCCCGACCAACGCACACAAUCACACACACCCAUUGAUUAAGUUCAAGUCUCCGGUUCGCUCUGUGUCGGUCAACACUUUCACUGAUGACCUCCCUACGGGUGUUGCCAGCCUGGGCGAUCAAGUUGACAUUUCCCCCAAAUCUCCGGAAUUCGCCUCUGUGCAGUCAGAGGAGAAGCAGCCAGUAGAGAUGAACGCAGCUAAGGUUGAGAAGGCCGAGUCGAGCCCUGCCCCGCCUGUCAAGGAGGCCGCAGGUGUCGAGGAGUCCCUGGAUGACUCGGACAACUACCAAGCAUACUUCAUCCGGGACGCCAUUGCGGACGGUACUAAGUUGCCUCCCGACACCAUGUUCCGUCAAACCUGGACUCUCUACAAUCCCGGUCCUCGUGCCUGGCCCGCUGGCAGUGAUGUCCGCUUUGUCGGCGGAGACACCAUGUUCAAUGUCGACGGAAACCACCCAUCCAGCGUGGAUGUGAUUCGCAUGGCGAUGGAAAGUAAUAAGCUGACCGCCCCCUUGGAACCUGGCUCAAGCACGGACUUCAGUGUCACCCUCCGAACCCCCCGCCGUGAGGGCACUGCCAUCUCGUACUGGCGACUGAAGUUGCCCAACGGCGUUCCGAUCGGUCACCGACUGUGGUGUGACAUUCAGGUGCAGGGUGUUCGCUCUCCCGCAGUUUCCACUGAAGUUGCCGAGAAGGAAGAUUCAACCAAAUCCACUGCAACACCCGAGACUACCAGCUCUGAGACUCUGGACAGUGGAAUGAUUUUCCCCAAGUUGGACAAGGAGUCUCCAGAGGCCAGUACCCACCAGGAUGUGGCCCCAGUUAAUCAUGCCCCAACUCUGUCUACUGCUUCGGAAGGUGACGUUCUCGAGGAUGUCGAGAGCCUGACAUUGGAAGAUACCUCUACAGACGCUGGCUUCCUUACCGAUGAGGAGUAUGACGUCCUCGAUGCUAGUGACCAGGAAUUCCUGGAAGCCAAGCAGUCAAUCCACUAG